AAUGAAGGAGUUUUGGAUAAUGGUGAUGAUGAUUUUAUUAUUAAAAGAGAGUUGGUGCUCUGAUGGAUGUCUGGAGAAUGAGAGAAUUGCUCUGUUGCAAAUCAAAUCUCAUUUCAAUUCUUCUUCUUCUUUUAUGUCUGCUUGGGGUAUAACUGCUAACUGUUGUAGUUGGGUAAACGUAGACUGCAACGCCACCACAGGGCAUAUUGUUAAACUCUCUCUUGAUGAUGUAAGAAGCACAGAAGGAGAUUAUUGGUAUCUAAAUGCUUCUUUGUUUCUUCCCUUCCAGCAAUUGAAUUAUCUUUCUCUGAUGGGAAAUAAUAUAGCUGGUUGCAUCAAGAAUGAAGGUUUUGAAAGGUUAUCAGCACUUGGCAAUUUGGAGGUUCUUUAUUUACGUUACAACAGUUUCCACAAAAGCAUCUUAUCAUCUCUAAGUGGUCUUUCAUCUUUAAAAUAUUUAUCUCUAGGUGGAAAUAAAUUGAAAGGGAUAAUUAACAUUGAAGAGUUCAAUCAUCUAAUAAGUUUGGAGAAGUUGUAUUUAUCAGCUAAUGAAAUUGAAGGCUUCAUAUCUUCAAAUGGUAGGAAUUCAUCUUUUUACUUCUUUCAUCAUUUUUUUUUCUUUUUCUUAGUUUAGCUAUAAACAAAUAAUAACUUGUACAGGUAACGAGGAAUUACUGAAACUGAGCAAUUUGGAGUACCUUUAUUUGUGUUCUAAUCAUGUUAAUAUCAGCCUUUUAUCACCACUCGCUGGACUUCCAUCUCUCAAAUAUUUAAAUUUAGAACAUAAUCAAUUGGAAGGACCAUUUAAUUUCAAAGGUUAGAUAUUAUUUUUUGUUUUUUUCUUUUUUAUUUUUAUAUGAUUUGAUGGUAAAAAUUUUGUAGUUAUAUAAUUAUUUUUGCUUUCUUAUUAAAUUAGAAUUGAGCAAAAGCAAGAUAGUGACAUUGGACUUGAGUGGCAAUAACAUUACAGAAUUUGUAGACUCAGGAGAAAUAAGGGCUUCAAACAAUAUAAGUGAGCUGUAUUUAAAUCAUAUCAACAUAACAAAAGGAAGCAAGUUAUUGGAAUCACUGGGAGCAUUUAGCCACCUUAAAAACCUAUCUCUGGAGUCAUGUAAAUUCGAAGGAGCAAUACUCAAUCAAGGCUUGCCUCAUCUGCAAAUAAUUGGAGCAAUGUCUUCUCUUAAGAAAUUAUCAUUGGGUAGUUGUGGACUUAAUGACACAGAGUUUCUAAACCAAGGUGUGUGCAAAUUAAAACAACUUCAAGAAUUAGAUAUUUCCGGUAAUUAUAUCAGUGGUAGCUUGCCUUCAUGUCUGGCUAACAUGACAUCUCUUCAAUCGUUGGAUCUCUCUUUCAAUAAUUUUGUUGGAAACAUCUCUUUAUCUCCACUUGUGAGUUUAACCAACCUUGAAUAUUUGCAUCUCUCAAACAAUUUUUUCCAAAUUCCAAUCUCGUUGGGUCCAUUUUUCAACCAUUCAAAACUCAAACACUUUAAAAGUUGGGGUAACAAUGAAAUAUAUGGAGAAGAAACUGAAAAAAAUUUGACCCCAAUGUUUCAACUAGAGACUCUUUAUAUCGAUGGUUAUGCAUGUAUUGAAACAUUUCCCAAAUUCCUUUAUUAUCAGCAUAACCUACGAGAAGCCGGUCUGCAGAGCUUGAAAUUGAGAGGAAGAUUUCCAUAUUGGUUGUUACAAAACAACACAAAACUAAAAGAGCUUUACUUAAAUAACAAUUCCCUCUCAGGGUCUCUUCAAUUACCACUUCAUUCCCAUAUGAAUUUGUCACUCUUAGAUAUCUCAGAUAAUCUCUUCCACGGAAUUAUUCCAUCAGAUAUAGGAACACAUUUGCCGAGAUUAGAAUUUGUGGACUUGUCUAAAAAUGAUUUCAAUGGUAGCAUUCCUUCUUCAUUUGGAAAUAUGAGCUUAUUGUGGAUUUUAGACUUAUCCAAUAAUGAUAUUUCUGGAAGCCUACCCUCUGAUUUUAGCUGUUCACAUAUGAUAGAAGUUCAUUUGUCCAGAAAUCAGCUUCAAGGAUCAUUAGAAGAUGCAUUUUUCGAUUGCCUUCAAUUGGUUGUGUUAGAUCUUAGCCACAAUAAUAUGACUGGAAGCAUUCCAUCAUGGUUUGAAAGAUUUUAUCAAUUGGGCUAUAUGAUUUUGGGUCAUAAUAAUAUUGAAGGGAAAAUCCCAAUUCAAUUGUGCAAUUUGACCCAAUUAAGCGUGAUUGACCUUUCACAUAAUAAUCUGUCUGGUCAUAUUCCCCCUUGUCUAAGAUCUACAAGCAAUUAUGAUUCCUUGUCUGAUGGUGAACAGAUAGAAUUCACAACAAAGAGGAAUAUCUAUUUUUACCAACCAAGCACGUUGAAUUACUUCUCAGGAAUUGAUCUCUCAUGCAACAAGCUGAUAGGCCAAAUUCCUAUCCAAAUUGGUUACCUCAAUGAGAUCCAAGUACUAAAUUUGUCCCACAACAAUUUGAAUGGAAAAAUCCCAGCAUCAUUUUCUAACUUGAGUCAAAUUGAGAGCUUGGAUCUUUCACACAACCACUUGCAAGGGAACAUUCCUUCUCAACUCACUGAGUUGGAUUUUUUGGAAGUCUUCAAUGUGUCAUGCAAUAAUUUAUCUGGUAGAACACCGGAAAAGGUUAAACAGUUUGCAACAUUUGAUGAAAGUAGCUAUCGAGAUAACCCUCUUCUUUGUGGAUGGCCAUUGCAAAAAGAUUGUGCUACAAUGGAAUCUCCUCCAUCAAUCUCAAGAAGUUCAAAUGAUACUGAAGAAAGUAAUUGCUUCAUUGACAUGGAAGAUUUUUAUGUGAGUUUUGGGGUGGCUUACGUUAUGGUGUUGUUGACAAUUGCUGGAGUUUUAUUUAUAAAUCCAUAUUGGAGGCAAGUUUGGUUUUACUUGGUUGAGGUUAGUAUAGACAAGUGCUACUAUUUUUUAAUAGACAAUCUUGGUUGUUUGUCCAAGUUUAAAUUAUUUUGAAGGUGAAAUCAAUAUCAAAGAAUUAUGUAUUUAUGUACUUUUACUUUCAACAUCAAUAAAUAAUAUAAA